UAUUGCUUGCAAGCCACGGUAAACAAAAUAACUACUGAAGUGCAUAUUUUGCCAAGCAAUAUAGCUACUAGCUGUAGUUGGUUAAAGAAGUAAUAAAAUAAAAAAUGCAAUGCCACCAUUUUGUGUUGGAGGAUACAUGUCAGCGACCACACAGAGAAUGGCAGGAGCACAUUAUAAUCUGGAAAAGAACUAAUGAAACAGACAGAUUUAAAGAUAAGGUAGAAGUGAUAAUCAGGUGUGCAUGAUAAUCAGGAAGUGAGACACAGGUGAAAUGAAUGAAUGGACUUGUGCUUGCGUGGACACAGCUGGUGAGCCCCGGCAGUAGGAAAAUUAGUUCUGGAUUAAAACAUGCAUUUUUGCAUGAGUAACUGUGGCAUUACAUUUGGAAUGAAAUCUUGACGAUUCAUCACAUAGCUGGAUGGAUGGAUAAUACUCUGGAACUAGGAGGCCCACAAACUUCCCCCCCGGACCUCGACUCAUCCCUAUAUUCGGAAACCUGCUGCAGCUGAACCUAGUUGAUCUUCUCAAUGAUCUGAAGAAGCUGUCCGAGAGCUAUGGGAAGGUCUACAGUAUCUAUCUUGGGAGGAAGCCAGUUGUGGUGCUCAAUGGCCUGCAGGCAAUGAAGGAAGCACUGGUCACUCAAUCUGUGGAGUUUGCUGGACGACCCAAAGACCAUAUUGCAAUUGACCUAACAGAGAGGAAAGGGGUUGUCAUGACUGACGGGUCAAUAUGGAAGGAGCACCGGAGAUUUGCCCUCACAACCCUACGGAACUUUGGCAUGGGGAAACGAUCCAUGGAGGAAAGGAUUCUGGGAGAGAUUUCCUACAUAGUUACACAUUUGGAAAAGAAUGCUGGUAAAACUACAGACCCCCAGACCCUGUUCCACGAGGCCACAUUCAACAUUAUCUGUACUGUCCUGUUUGGGACUCGAUACAAACAUGAAGAUGAGUUUCUGCAGCUCAACAUCCACUGUAUCAGAGAAACGGCAAAGAUCAUCAAUGGCCCCUGGUCCAUGAUUUACGAAAUGUUACCGCUGCUCAGGAACCUCCCCCUGCCCUUCCAGAAGGCCUUUGAGAACAGGGACCUGAUGAAAAAGUCACUGGGAGACCAGGUGUCCCAACACAAGAAGUCUUGGGUCCCAGGAGAGCCAUGGGACCUAAUUGACUGCUACCUAGACAAAAUGGAAAAGAGAGGAGAUGAUGGCUCCUCCUUCAGUGAAGAACAGCUGGUCUUUUAUCUGCUGGACCUCCUCUUUGCUGGAACAGACACCAGCUCCAACACCCUCCUCACAGCCUUCCUGUACCUCAUGACUCACCCAGAUGUUCAGGAGAGGUGUCAGAAGGAGAUCGAUGAGGUUCUUGGAGAGAAGGAGCAGGUAUCUUUUGAGGACAGGCACAGGAUGCCCUACACACAGGCUGUGAUCCACGAGGUUCAGCGAGUCGCCGACACGGUGCCACUCAGCGUGAUACACGCCACCACCAAAGACACACGGCUGAUGGGCUACGAUAUCCCCAAGGGAACCCUCGUCAUCCCCAACCUCUCCUCUGUACUGAGUGAAGAAAACCAGUGGAAGUUUCCUCAUGAGUUCAACCCCUCCAACUUCCUUAACGAUGAGGAGGAGUUUGUGAAGCCAGAGGCCUUCAUGCCCUUCUCUGCAGGGUCUCGGGUGUGUCUGGGAGAGGGUCUCGCACGCAUGGAGCUCUUUCUGAUUCUUGUGACGCUGCUACGCCGCUUCAAGUUCGUCUGGCCUGAAGAGGCAGGGGUACCUGACUACACCCCUGUUUUUGGUGUCACUCAGACACCCAAAACGUACAGAAUGGGUGUUAGACUGAGGCAGUUCAACUCAGUAAACUCAUAAAAUGGUCACAAUCAUAA